AUGAAAAAAAUCACCGAAUUCUUUGAAAAGGAUUCUUAUAUAAAUAAAUUAGUAUUUAAUCAUUCUCUUCUUUCUGAUGUUAUUGAUCUAGAUAUGAUAGAUAAAAUAAUGAUGAGUAUAUUUUUGCCUGAGGAAUUAACAGCUAGACUCUCCUUUUUAUCAACAAUUUUUAAAUCUGAAGGUGAUCAAAGAAAAGUUAUCAGAUUCCUCCUUCAUGGUAAUAAGUUCUUAGAUAAAUUGUUAAAGGAACAUUUUCUAUAUAUUGAUAAAGACUUAAUAACAUCUGCUAAAUGUAUUUCCUGA